AUGCAGCGCUCAAUCAGCCAAGACUCUAGGAUUAGUCAGCCGAGCUUGUGGCUUCUCGAAGAUGACAGCACUGCGGUCAAUGGUGACAAGUCUUCGCAAAGGCCACGCAGGGCUAACUCCGAAAAGAUGACUGUCCAGACCAUGAUGGGCUUCGUGAAGCGACACCCAGACGAGUUUGCACAGUCGAUUGAGUUGAUCCGACUCGCAGAGAGCAUUAAACGUCCAGGACCGAGAUCAG